AUAAUUAAAUAUAAAACCUGUGUCUCAUUCCCCUUUUUCCUCCUCGUUUAUAGCAUCUGUUGAAUGUUCAGCUAGUCUUCCCGAGUUGAACCGACACCGAAGCUGUGCAGCUCUUCUAGCCAAGCGGUUUCCAUUUACCUCAGUCAUGGCUAGUUACCAUAAACCCGACGAGAAGACCCUGCAGGGGCUGAGAGACAUCGCUAACAAGCUGCGGAUCAACUCCGUCAAGGCAACAUGCGCCUCCAACUCCGGACGAUACACACUUGACCCACGUAACCAGUGUAAUGACCGCUUCGUGCUGUCUAAGGGUCACGCUGCACCAAUCCUGUACGCUGCCUGGGCGGAGGCGGGCUUUGUGAAGGAGGCUGACCUGGUCAACCUGAGGAAGCUGGACUCUGACCUGGAGGGUCACCCCACACCUAAACUGGAGUUUGUUGACGUGGCAACGGGUUCUCUGGGACAGGGGCUGGGGGCUGCCUGCGGGAUGGCUUACACCGGGAAACACUUCGACAAGUCCAGUUACCGUGUGUACUGCAUGCUGGGUGACGGGGAGUGUUCGGAGGGGGCUGUCUGGGAAGCCAUGGCGUUUGGUUCCCACUACAACCUGGAUAACCUGGUGGCUAUUAUCGACGCGAACCGCCUGGGACAGAGUGAAGCUGCUCCUCUCAAACACGACAUGGACGUAUACCGCAAACGCUGCGAAGCAUUUGGGUGGAACACGUAUGUGGUGGAUGGUCAUGAUGUUGAGGAGCUGUGUAAAGCGUUGUGGCAGGCCCAGCAGGUGAAGGGAAAACCCACCAUGAUCCUGGCCAAGACCUUCAAGGGUAGAGGACUCAAAGGCAUUGAGGACAUGGAGUACUGGCAUGGUAAACCCAUGCCUAAGGACCGGGCCGAGGAGGCGAUUAAAGACUUGGAGGCUCUGAUUCAGAACCCCAACAAGACCAUCUGCCCCGAGCUUCCUAAAGAAGAUACCGCCCCCGCUGACCUUUCACCUAUCAGCCUGCCCUCCCCGCCUAACUACAAGAUUGGGGAUAAGGUGGCUACUCGUAAGGCGUAUGGCGUGGCCCUGGCUAAACUGGGUCAGUCCAGUCAGAGGGUGGUCGCUCUGGACGCUGACAUGAAGAACUCGACCUUCUCUGACAUGUUUCACAAGGCCUUCCCUGAACGCUUCGUGGAGUGCUUCAUCGCUGAACAAAACAUGGUGAGCGUGGCGAUUGGCUGUGCCACGAGAGACCGCACAGUGGCGUUUGCCAGCACCUUCGCUGCCUUCCUGUCCAGGGCCUACGACCACAUCAGAAUGGCCGCUGUCUCGGAGUCUAACAUCAACUUGGCUGGUUCUCACUGCGGCGUCUCCAUCGGUGAGGAUGGCCCCUCCCAGAUGGCGUUGGAGGACAUUGCUAUGUGCGCUAUCCCAACAUGCACUGUGUUCUACCCCAGCGACGGCGUCUCUGCUGAGAGGUCUGUGGAGUUGGCUGCUAACACCAAGGGAAUCUGUUUCAUUCGCAUCACCAGACCAGAACUGAAAGUGAUCUACGACCCCGACGAGAAGUUCGAGGUGGGCGCGGCCAAGGUGGUACGUCAGUCGGACAGCGACAAGGUGACGGUGAUUGGAGCUGGAGUGACACUGCAUGAAGCCCUGGCUGCUGCUGACCAGCUGGCCAGCGAGGGAGUGAACAUCCGUGUGAUUGACCCGUUCACCAUCAAGCCCCUGGAUGCUGCCACCAUCGUGUCGAGCGCCCGCAUCACCGGAGGGAGAAUCAUCACCGUCGAGGACCACUACAGAGAGGGGGGUCUCGGGGAGGCGGUGCUGUCUGCAGUAGGGGAGGAGCCUGGUAUCGUAGUGACCCGCCUGGCGGUGAACCGGAUCCCACGGAGUGGAAAACCUCAGGAGUUACUGGACCUGUACGGCAUCAGCGCCAAACACAUCGUCGACUCCGUGCGCCAGACCUUCGCCAACUGAGACGGUGGUCGUCUCAUCGUUUGUCUCCCAAAAUGGCACCCUAUAUUCCCUACGUAGUGCACUACUUUUGACCAGGUUUCCUAUUUGGGCUAGUGCACUAGAUUGGGAAUAGGGUGCCAUUUGGGGGACGUCUCUUUCCCUUAAGUCUGUACACAUUUACCAACUUCAUGUCUGUUCUCUGUCUCUCUGUCUCUCUCUGUCUCUCUCUGUCUCUCUCUGUCUCUCUCUGUCUCUCUCUGUCUCUCUCUGUCUCUCUCUGUCUCUCUCUGUCUCUGUCUGUCUCUGUCUCUCUCUGUCUCUCUCUGUCUCUGUCUCUCUGUGUCUCAAACCCCCUACUUCCCUCCCAUCUACCACUAGUGUUAAACAGAACAGGGCUGUCUAGCGCCCCUUGUGGCUGGAAGGCAGAGUGCAGCUCUGUCCUGCUGUACUGUAUAGUGUUGCAGCAGCAGAGCCAAUAGGCCAGCUCUCAGCGGGGAGGGAUAAGUGGAUGGUAAUAUGCAGUAAUGUUUCUAGAUAAACUCUUUACCCACCUUAAUGCAUCCUCCUUCUAAUCAACCGUCUAAUUUAGUUUUCUGCUAAACUGUAAUGGAUUUAUGAUAUAUGGCCGAUAUACCACGGAUAAGGGCGGUUCUUAGGCACGACAUAUUGCAGAGUGUACAGCCUGGAUACAGCCCUUAGCUGUGGUAUAUUGGUCAUAUAUCAUAACCCCUGAGGUCUUACUGCUGUUUAUUAAUAUAACAGUAAAAUGACAUGUUUGAUCAUAGCUGUGGUAUAUUGGUCUGGUUCCACGGCUUUCAGGGCUCGACCACCUGCUUUCUAGUCCCCCUUGAUGUUAGUGAUGUAGCUGACUGACGGUUACUGUAGGGGGUCAGUCCCAUAUGGCGUACCGUUCACGAUCUAGGGAAGUGGAUCUGGGGCCCAUCUUGGGUAUAGGAGGAGGUUUGUUUUGAGCUUGUGGUGUUCUCUGCUCGUCCAGACGAUGCUGAACUCUCUGUUUCAAAUGAAACUAAAUGUGUUUCUGUUCACAUCUUUCUGUUUCUCGGUUGGUCUCUUUUACAUUCCAGCUGCUAACAGUCAUCUUCAUCUCGUUCCAUGUGUUCUAAUGGUUCUGCAUUCCAUGUGUUCUAAUGGUUCUGCAUUCCACGUGUUCUAAUGGUUCUGCGUUCCACGUGUUCUAAUGGUUCUGCGUUCCACGUGUUCUAAUGGUUCUGCGUUCCAUGUGUUCUAAUGGUUCUGCAUUCCAUGUGUU